AUUGAACUUGGAUUUAUAGUCAGCAUAUAUGACUUGUAAUUCGGAAGUUUACGUCAGCGACAUACUCGACUAUAAAGUCGUGCAAUAACAUAAAAAAAACUAUACUACAUGUAGACAACGAUUCAUGUUGCCAAUAGCAAUUCAUUCUUAGUGUUAUUUACCGUUCUGACGUCGUGUCAGUGACACGUGCCAUACAAAGCAUGGCAUUAGAUAGUCAUGCCGCUGUACUCACGGAUGUCGAACAAUCACAUCAAUCUAAUCCAGAUAAUCGCGAUGAAAGAUUAGUACCAGGAGGAUGGACCAUUACAUUAGCUUUAGCAGGUGUUACCUGUUGUUUAGGAUCAGCUGUACCAACAGGAUUUAACAUAGGAGUACUAAAUAAUGCAGCCUAUCUAGUGGAAAGAUUUUGUAAUGAAAGUAUUAAAGAGAGAUAUAGUAUAAAUGUAUCUGAAAAUGGUUUAAAAAUAGUUUGGUCUGCUGUUGUGUCAAUUUUUCUUAUUGGUGGAGCAACUGGUUCAUUUUUAUCUAGCUGGGUAGCAAAUAAAUAUGGAAGGAAAGGAGCAUUAUGUGUUGGCCAUAUAUUUGGCAUUAUAGGAGCUACAAUGUUCUUUUUAGUACAGAAAUUAAAUUCAAUUGAACUUCUUUUAGCAGGCCGAUUAAUUGUAGGUCUUUCUGGAGGUUUUGCCACAUGUUUAGUUCCAAUGUAUAUGACAGAAAUUGCACCACUUAGACUAAGAGGUGCAGUUGGAGUUAUUUGUCAAUUAGGAAUCUCAUGUGGAGUAUUUUUAGGUCAAAUUGCGGGACUUAAUACAGUUUUAGGAACUGAAAACUCUUGGCAUUAUAUGCUAGGUGCAUUUGUUCCAUUAUGUAUAUAUGCCCUUGUUCUUACAAGCAUUAUUCUACCAGAAAGUCCUAAAUAUUUAUAUAUAAUCAAGGAACAAAAGCAAAAAGCUUUAGAUGAACUUAGUAGGAUACGCAAAAUGGAUAUAAUGUUGUUACAAAUAGAAAUUUCUGAUUUACAACAAGAAAUAGAAACAAAAACAACAGCUGAACCUUGGACAAUCAAACGUAUUUUGAAAGAUCCAAAUUUAAAACUUCCUAUAUUUUUAGUUUGUAUAAUACAAUUUGGUCAACAAAUGAGUGGUAUAAACGUUGUAUUUUAUUAUUCUAACUCAAUAUUUCACGAUGCUGGACUUGGCAUUACCGGAUCACAAUAUGCUACUCUUGGAACUGGUAUAGCUAAUAUUGCUAUGGCUCUUGCUUCAGUACCAGUGAUGUCAUCUUUAAAUAGGAGAGGUGUUUUACUUAGCAGUAUUUAUUUGUGUUUUGGAUGUUUGAUACUUUUAUGUAUUUCUACAUUAUUAAUUCAUGUAUCAACUUAUAUGCCAUUAAUAUGUAUCAUAGCCGUCGUGGCUUACGUAAUAUUUUAUGGAAUUGGUCUUGGUCCAAUACCAUAUUUUAUUGGAUCUGAAUUAUUCGAUGUUGGUCCCAGACCAGUAGCUAUGGCGCUUGGUAGCGUUUUCAAUUGGGGUGGAAAUUUUAUAGUAGGCAUGAUGUUUCCAACAAUAGAAAAUAUUAUAGGAGCAUAUACUUUUUUAAUCUUUGUCGGAUUUCUUUUAUUCUUAGGAUACAUUAUCAGAAUAUACUUACCUGAGACUAGAGGAAGGAAUACAAUGGACGUGGCAGCAUCAAUAAGUCAAGGAUUUAAUUCCAGACCAAAUUCUAUACGUGGGACUUAA